CCUGGGGUCGGUUCCUGGUUUUAGUGGGGUUGGGAUGGUCACUUGGGUUCUCCUCCCUGGAACAUGACAGCGUGGGCUCUGAGGCCGGCGUACCGUGGGUGCGGUGAGGUCUUUGACAGGUGCUUCACCUGUCCCGGGCUGGGUGUUGAUCGCUAGGCCAGCGGCCACCUUGUUCUCGCUCCAGCCGCCCUGACCCUGACCUCGCUGCCGCUAUGUCCCGGACGUCCGGGUCUGGGGGCUUCCUGCCCCCGCUGUGGCCGCCGCCUCCUGGGGAGCCAGGUAGCGUUUGGCAAGACGGCAAAUUCGAGCCAGGACCCUUGUGGCCUCCCAUAGGUCAGCUGUGGUGGACCCGGGCAAUUAAGGGGCAGGAUGGGGCCAUCAAGGAAGGAGAAGAGACGGACUUGGUGGCAUGGAGAGGAGCGAGCCGGGCUGCCUUCUCUGGGCCCCGCCUGCCUGCGGCCCUACAGUGGCUCCGAGCCGUCCUGCUGCGGCUGCAGAGGGAGCGCGAGGAGCUCCUCCUGGCCCGGGACUGCGUUCGUUCCCUUCAAACCACGCUGUGCUUCUUGAAAGCCCCCCGACCGAUUGUUGCCCUGCCCCAGCUGUGCUGGGAGCUGCUUCCACACAGCCCUCAUGGGACCACCCUUCGCCUUAGGGCCCACACUGACCCCCAGUUUCGGCCUCUGGUACUUCCGCUUGGCUUAGCGAUACAGAGACUGGACAUGGCCAUUGAAGAGCAACUGAAGGUCUUGGGCCAGGCUUCCCCCAGUCCUGCCUUGGUGUCCCAGAUCAGUGAACUCCUUCAGGUUCUCCCUGCCUACCACCAGAUGCUGGCAGUGGCUGUGGGGGCUGUCCCAAGAGCAGCGCGUCCCUUUCCGCCUAGUCGAGUGCUCAGACUGUUGGCCAGGGAACGGGGCAGACAAGGAGCGGAGAGGCUCUGGAUGGGUCUCCAGGAAUCCAAGCUUCAGACCCAGCUACAUAAGCUUUGCCGGGAAGAACGAGAACUGCUUCCUGGGUUGUUGGGCCUGCUGGGAGACACUGGGGUUCCAGGGAGUGGUUCUCGGGGCUUGGGAGGGUCCCGGCAGCUGUGGGGCCAGUAUUGGAGUCUCUUCUGGGCAGCAUGUGCCCAGAACCUUGGCCAGAUACUGGGCCCUUGGGAAGACAUUCAGAAGGCCGUGCGGCAGCUGAGAGGGGCACUGGAUCAGGCACCCGUGCCACAGGAAUGUGAAAAGGAGCUGACUUCUCUGUGCCACUGUCUGCUCCAACAGGCACUGAUCCAGAUAUGGGACCAAGGUUUCUGCCGGGCCUUGGGAUCUGCUCGUAGAGACCGUGGGAUUAUGCCUGUGUCUUGGGAUGGCACUCCCUGCAUUCGUACUACUGACCUCUUCCAACAACUCUUUCCUCCACUAACCUCUGCCCUUCAAGAACCGGGGUCAGUUUCUUGCCACUCUCCAGGGUCAGGGCCACCACCCCUAGCCCUUGGGCUUUGUACUCUUCAGGCCACCACCCUCUGGCUCCUCAGCAAAUGUCAGCAGCAUCUGGCCUCAUGGGCCCCCAGACCCCUUCUGCUGCUGACCCAAAGGGAACUGCCUCUUCUGCUGUGUGAGGCAGAGGCCCUGGCAGCCUUGGUUUCUGAAGGGGCAUCUGUCCUGGAACUGGACCAGCAGCUGGGAAAAGAGAUUCAGAGACUGACAGCUCAGAUCCAGAUCCUGCCUGAGGAGUCUCUGUGUCUGUUCUCCCAAGAAUGUUGGCGACAAGCCGCCAAGGGCUUCCAGCUCCAUAUGCCCCAGGGUCGUCACUGGAGGCUGAGGUUCCGAUCUGAACUCCCCAGCAUCCCCAGUGACUAUGCAGAGUUGGUAGUGGGAGCUGUUCUGGGGCCUGUGCUGCAGGGGGUACAGGGAUUGCCCCCCCAGGCCCAAGGGCCCCCACUCACACAGGCCUUGACUGCACUUCUUGACGCCUGGCUCAACCACAUUCUCACUCAGAAGAUCCGGUUCAGCCUGCAGGGAGCACUGCAGCUGAGGCAGGAUUUUGCAGUGGUUCGGGGUCUGCUGGAAGAGGAGCAGUGGGGUCUGGCCCCUGAACUUCGUCAGGCUUUGCUCACACUCAGCGUCUUCCAUCGGGCAGAUGGGGCCCUGUUGUGUCUGCUGCAGCAGCCAGUGCCUGGAAGCCGUACCUACAGGGGGCCCCCAUGCUGUUGUUCCUGUAACAAGAUCCAGACUCCUGAACUACCCAGUAGCAGCCUCAACAGCCUAGAGAACCUAGAACCACCUCCCCUGCGUCCUGGGGUCACUCUUGUUCAAACGGCUCAACUUCUCAGCACUCUUCGAGGUGGAGGACCCAGCCCUGAGGCUUACCUGGCAGGCAGCCAGCAGGCCUGGCUGGCCCUUCGGCAGCACCGAUCCUCACGAUGGCAUCUGCCUGGCUUUCUUUGCAUGCGAACUAGUCCUGAACCCUGAUAACAGAACAUGGAAACUGGGAAAAUAGAGAGACCAGAACAAUUUAAGUCCGAAGAAGCCUAGAAAUCUUUGACACCAGAAUCUGAACCAAGUCUAGAGGAGCUUAGAACCUGGAACUAGGGGAAGCAUGGAGCUAUGUCUGGAAUGGAAGUGGAGCGGCAUCUAGAGGAGCUCACUACCUAGAGGCAACAGGAGCCCAGGGUCUACAGCCAUGUAUCAAGAGCCUAGAACCCAAAGGUGCCCAGGGUUUGAGAACCAGCUACCAAAAACACUGGGACCCUGCGCUACAAAUCCAAAGAAAUUUGAGCCCAGGAGGUCCGGGCCUUGUGUGGGCCUAAAGAUUGAGAACCUCAUGCCUUAGACUAGACAUAAGUGAUUGCAGCAAAAGAAGGGGAGGAACCAGAAAAUUCUGCAUAUGAAGUUCCUCCAGGCUGUGAGCAGCGAGAAGGUGCGUGUCUCCAAUCUCAACUGCACCGUGCAGGUGGACGUACGGCACGACGGCUCCGA